AUGAGAAAAUCAGGUGUAUUUGUAUCCCGAGCUAAGAGAAUGAAUACGAGGUGUGUGGAAGAGUACUUUAAGUUACUUGAAAGUGUUAUUUCGGAAAACAAUUUGGUUGAAAAGCCUGGGCAAAGUUUUAACAUGGACGAAAUCGAGCUUCAAUUCACUUUCGCCAGUGCACCAACCGGCGACGUUAAUCCUGUUGCCUCCAACGCAGAACUUAUCGGCCAACACGUCAAUGUUGUAACUAGUGUGCCAACAAACUCAGAAAGAUUUGAUUCUGCAGAUCUAGUCCAAGAUGACAGUAUGUCAGUAGAAGAAUGGGAUGAAGAUAAAUGUGUGGGAUGUGGAGAGGCUUACAAUGAAACUACAAAAAAAGAAGACUGGGUGAAGAGUGUACAGUGUUGUCGGUGGUUUCAUGAAGGUUGCUCUAGAUUUGAAGUAAAAUGUGACUUUACUAGUACCAGGCAACUAAUGUCACAAAAAGGGAAGUUUCCCAUUAAUAGGAAUAUUGUGGUCAAGAAAGAAAAGAAUAGACCUGUUUGA